UAAUUCCGUGAUUACAAUUUGUAAUGAAUUGCUUCCUUACUUUUAAAUCAUCUUUUUACCACCUUUGAAAGCAUUACCUAUUGGACACGUACACAUACAUCCCUAUGAGCGUGUUUACAUGUCACAUCAUGGAAAAAUUUAAAAAUAUAGAAAAGAUAAGGAAAAAUAAAAAUCACUCAAUCUCAUAACCCAGAGUCGUAGCUGUUGAUACUUUUGGUUUUUCCCCCACUUCCCAACCCCUCCCCCUCCGUAUGUUGUAUAUGAUCACUUCCGUCCUAUCCGAGACUGGAAAUUCAGGACAGACUUUGACAAUGAGCAACUUAAAUACCAGGAAAAACGUGGAGAAGUAAAAAUUGUACAAAAUCACCGUGAUUAGGGGAGUUUCCCCCCAAUAUUCUAAAUCAGAUCUUUUUCUUUCACCUCUCACCCUAGCAGAAGCUGUUAACUUGAACGCUAUUUUUGUCCUCUGCGGGAGUGGGAUUCUUAGCUGUGUGGACCAGAGUGUCCAGCUCAGGCUUUGUUGGGCACUCUGCCAGCCUGUCUCUAUUCCCUCAAGUGCCGCUGAGAACAGGGACCCAGCCCUUUGUGAAGCCCACGUGGCCAUGCAAGGAAGUCGACUACAUUACCUUGGAUGCUCUGACUCCAGCUCUUUUUUGGUGUGUGUGCUGUUUCCUUUGCUGUCUUGAAAGCAGUUGGCCAUUUGGAAGGCACCCGUGGGUCCACUUCCUCGGAUGGGGGCUGUGUAGUAGCUGGGCUUCUCACAGCAGUGGGAGGGACCCUGGAAGGCGUCAGCUCCAAACCAUUCAGGCCUUUUCCAACAGGGCGGGCCUGGCUCACCUGUGAUAAACAGUCCCCACCCUCACUCCAGCGUCUGCAGGUGGGAAGAAGGCUGAGGACCAUCGCUUCAUACCGUCCCAAUCCUGCGAUUCUUUCAGUACACGUUUUUACGUAAUUCUGUGGAGAGUCUUGUGACUUUCAUUUAUAGAACUGAAAUGACUUAAGGCCCUACAAUUGCUUUUCAUUUAAAAACUUUAACUUACUUUUUUGAUAGGUCAUAUUUGCAAAAAGCAACAAAAGCCAAAAGAGAGGAAAUUGAAAGUAAGCCCUUUUACUCUCCUCAGCCACCUGGUUGCCUGCCGAGAGGCAAAAAUUCUUAGUUUUUACCUGAUUUGCAUUUUAAAAGAGAUCAUUCAAUUCCCCCGUUGUCUGGGAAUCUGGUUUAUUAUCAAUUUAAGAGAAGAUGCAAAACAAAAAAAAAUACUGAGUAUCAUUCUAUGAAAAUCAAUCCGGUUUGACCAUCUUGGAUCAGGUAUGUCAAAAUGAGUGUGCACUUUAUUGCUCUGAGUUGUGGAUUAGAUUUUAGGUUCACAUUCCCCUAAAAGAAAAUAUAGCCAGGGCUCUUCAUUAAAAGAAGGUAAAUGGCCCUUUGUAUAAAAGUCAUUUUCCUUUUCAGUGAUACCAUCAGAAGAAAAACUAGCUGGUAUUUUGCAGCUGUGCUUAAGUGUGUUACGCUCACUAUAUGAGGGACUUAUGUCUGUGUACAUAUAUGUACAUGUAUACAUAUGGAUAUAUAGGUAUGUGUACAUGUGAGUAUAUCAAUGCCUGUCAAUAUGUGUACCUUUACCUAUAUUUAUAUCUACUUAAAAUCUCAAAUAAGUCUCAUAACGCAUGUGGUAGAAAUGAUCUCUAUUUAACAGUUACAGAAGCUGAGUCUCCCAGUGGGAUGUAAUUUCUCAGAAGAGUAAAAAUUGGGCCACUGGAGUUUGACAAGGCGAACGCAGAGAAAGUCCAGCAGUUAUUCUGGGAGGUGGAGGAAAUGUUAUUUGAAGGGAAAGUAAGCCCUCAUACUCAGAAUCUAGUGGCCGAAUGCAGUGAGUGGGCGAAAAGAUCCCUCCAUCUGAGAGUAUUAGGAAGACAGCUCAUCGUGCCAACUGAUGAAGGGUUCCAACAUUUCCAGGGCAGUGAGCCUAGUACUGUGGUCCACAAACCCUUCCUAGAUGCCUGUGGACACAACCGCAACAGCAGAGAAUUGUGCAUCUCUGGCUCUCAAAUACUCCCUGAGAUGUGCUCAGCCCCUGCCCUGGCAGGCCCCGAGGGCCCAAAGGUUGCUGGCCUAACGGCAGGCUCACCCCAGGAAGAAGAGGUUUAUGACGUGGAUGGAAAGAUUGAAGAAUAUUUUGCUUUUGACAGAAAAGAAGAUGAUGAUGAAUGUCUUGAACAAAAAUCAGCUCACCGCCAUAGGAUGUGGCAGAAACAUGGACUUCCUCCCCUUUCUCCUCAUGACUGUAUCAAAGAUGCGGUGGCUGCAGAAGUGUUUGAUCACAUCUGGACAAGUGUCGUAGAGAUAUUGGAAGAGCUGAUCAGAAAAAAUUGGGAAGUUACACUCACAGAAGGAAAGAAACAAAAAGAAAAAUUGAAAGUAGCUGAGAAUAAAUCUCCACUGAUACUCAUUUCCCGUAUUAACACUGAUGCACCAAGUGUUCCCCCAUCCAGAAGCUCUGAAGCCCGAAGCAUAUCCCUGGCUCCUCAUCUUAAUCCACCUCAGAUUCAUCGCUUCUCCAACAAUUUUUAUAGUGAUUUGAGUGGUGUGAUGACAAUUCAAGCAAAGCCACUGCAGCAGAGACCUACCUAUUUCUCAGAUAGAAUACAGAAUGAGCAAGAGGACAGAUCAUUGGGUGCAGGGCCCAGUGCCCUUUCUUUGGCACGGCACCGCCUGGGACGAACCUCCUCCGAUGCUCGCAUACUCCACACUUCUGAAAGGAAAACACCUGCGUACACGAGGCUGCCUUCUCUUACUUCAGACUCACAGAGGAUGAAAACCCCCAAUGUGUACAAUGAUGAAGUUCUUAGGGGAACAAAACUGCAAACUGGCAUGGAGUGUGUGUCCUCCCCACCGGUUCAAGCCUCCCGGAACAGGUUACCCCCAAUAGGCUCAGAGACCGGUGAGCAGAAUAUGGCAGUUCCUGGAUCUCGACCUGUUUCUUACAGAGGGAGGCAACCACAAAACCGCGUGCUAAGUGCGAUUCCUGACAGUUCAGAGCGAUCACCUCUUCGAGAAAGAUCUCUGACCAUAGAACACUUCUCAAGACCCAGCACGACCCAUGCGUUUCGGUUAGAUACUCCCCGGAAAGGUUCAUUGACCCUGAUGGAAUUUGCCAGCCACACAUGGACAAGUCAGAGUUUCUUCACAGGUUCACAAUAUCCACCUAAAUCUUUUCAGAGGACGACUCUGACUACAAGAAAGAGAUUCCAAGUGGCAUCUUGAUGGAACUUGGACUUCAAAGCCUCAGCCCACCAUUUAUCGCUUGAAAAAUGGAAGAACAAGUAUUAUACUAUGUAUCUGUUUGUCUGACAGUGAGAUGUGAGCCUGUCUGAGAGAAAUGCAAACAAAUAAACAACUUAAUUUUGAACACUUGCAUUGCAAAGAGAAUACAAGUCAAAUUCACCAACCUUCUUUACUGGAAGCAUUACAAUAAAAGUUCUUUAGGCUUUGCUCAGAAGAA